GGAAGCCAGCUGAAUUCGAGAUAGGGGAGAAAGUUCUACUCAAAGUCUCUCCUACAAGGGGAGUAAUGAGGUUCGGGAAGAAAGGGAAACUAAGCCCGAGGUUCAUCGGACCCUACGACAUCCUAGAGAAGGUGGGAAAAGUGGCAUAUCGAUUAGCUCUACCCACAGAGUUGGAUAAGGUACAUAACGUCUUUCACGUAUCACAAUUAAAGAAGUACGUUCGAGAUGAGUCACAUAUCAUCAAUCCUGAGGUGAUUGAAAUGGAUGAGGCGUUAUCCUACGAAGAAAAACCCGUAGAGAUCCUUGAUACUAAAACCCGAGAGACGAGGAAGAAGAAAGUUAAGAUGGUAAAAGUACUUUGGUCAAACCAUUUGACCGAGAAUGCAACAUGGGAGACAGAAGAGGAUAUGCGUAAACGGUAUCCUGAACUGUUCAACUAAGGUAAAUAUUGGGUUACGAGGACGUAACCUUUCUUUUAGG